GAGCAGUGGCUUCCGUCUCUCUCCACUCUACCAUAAAGGCCUGGCUGAUGGAGUGCUGCAGAGAUGGUUGUCCUUCUGGUUCCCAUGUGUUUGAUGCCAUUCCAUUUGUGCCGUUCCAGCAAUUAUUAUGUGAUGUGUCCAGGUACAUUCAAGACCCCUAGAUGUCUGAGUCUGAUCCUCAGCCCUCUCCCUCCAUUCCUCCCAUCCACUCCUCCCCCACCCCAUCUGUUCUGCUCAACACCGGGGCCAGGAUGCCUCUCCUGGGGCUUGGUACCUACCGGCUCCGCGGCCCUGAUGAUAUCCUCCAGGCCGUCGACGCCGCGCUCUCCACCGGCUACCGCUCAUUUGACACGGCCUCUGUCUACCAGAACGAGGCUGACCUGGGUCGAGCACUGCGACUCCUCCUACCCAAACACGGCCUCUCCCGAGCGGACGUCUUCAUCACCAGCAAGCUGGGCCCCAAGGACCAGGGCUCCAGAGCCAGGGAAGGGGCUCUGAGGAGUCUAGAACUGCUGGAUCUAGACUAUAUAGAUCUAUACUUGAUCCACUGGCCAGGGACCCAGGGGCUGGGGGUGGGAGACAAGAGGAACCCAGAGAAUAGAGCUCAGAGCUGGGCAGUGUUAGAGGAGCUCCAUGCCCAGGGCCAGGGGAAGCUGAGGGCCAUAGGGGUGUCCAACUACACCCCAGGACAUAUGAAGGAGCUACUGGAGGGGUGUUGCGUCACCCCCGCUGUACUACAGGUAGAGUUCCAUCCCCGUCUGUCCCAGGGGGAGAUGAGGCAUCUGUGUGGGGAGAAGGGUGUCUGUUUCCAGGCUUACUCCUCCCUGGGGACUGGCUCUCUCCUCCAGGACCCUUUAGUGGUCCAGAUUGCACAGGGAUAUGGCCUGACCACUGCACAGGUUCUGCUCAGGUGGGCGGUACAGCAGGGAGUCCCCGUCCUACCCAAGUCAUCUCACCCCACCAGGAUAGCAGAGAACGGCCGUGUGUUUGACUUUGAGCUGGCUGCUGAAGAUAUGGAGAGGCUGGAGGGGAUGGACUGUGGACAGAAAUACUGUUGGGACCCUUCACAGGUAGCCUGAGGUAGAAGGAUAACCCAGUGGAUGAGAUGGGGCCUGUAGCCCAAAGACUGCUGGUUUGAAUUCCUUGACGUUAGCCUGAAGGUACUCACUGACUGGAUUGUUACGAUGCAAACGUUGAUAAGAUAUCAAAGUAACGCAUCAACAGAACUUGAGUUUCCCACUGAGGAGUUACAUUUUUUUUAUGCGACACACAAAGACCUCUGAGAGAGAUUAUGAUACCAAGAUCUAUGCUAUUAUUUUUCAUGUGAUAUUUGUUUCAAAUGAUUAAAAUCUGUAUUAAUUUGAUAGUUUCACUGUAAAUAUUGUCCUCAUAUCAAGUGACGAUUUUAUUUAAUAAGUCAGUGUGUGUAUAUAAAUUUUAAUAAAAUGCACAAUAAAAAAAAAGAAAAACACCUA